AUGGUGCUGGCCGCUAUUCAGAUCGUGCGCGCGGAGGCCAAGGACAUCCUGUUCGACAAUGACUCCCGUCGCAAGAUGCAGAUCGGCAUCAACAAGAUUGCCGAUGCCGUGGCCGUGACCCUCGGCCCUCGUGGUCGCAAUGUGGUUCUGGAGCAGUCGUACGGCACUCCCCAGGUGAUCAACGACGGCGUGUCAAUCGCGCGCGCCAUCGAGCUGGAGGACCCUGUGGAGAACGCGGGGGCGCAGCUGAUCAAGGAGGUGGCGGGGAAGACCAACGACACCGCCGGGGACGGCACCACCACGGCCACGGUCCUGGCGCGGGAGAUGAUCCACCUGGGCCUGCAGAGCGUGACGGCGGGGGCCAACCCGGUGAGCAUCAAGCGCGGCAUCGACAAGGCCUGCGCGCACCUGGUGGCGGAGCUGGCCAGGCGCUCGCGUCCGGUCAAGGGGUCGGACGACAUCCGCGCCGUGGCGGCCAUCUCCGCGGGAAACGACGAGAGCAUCGGGCGCAUGAUCGCCGAGGCCCUGGACAAGGUGGGCGCCGACGGCGUGCUGUCCAUCGAGUCCAGCGCCAGCAUGGAGACCACGGUGGAGGUGCAGGAGGGCAUGGGCAUCGACCGCGGCUACGUCUCGCCCCAGUUCGUCAACGUGCCCGAGCGCCAGCUGGUCCAGUUUGACAACGCGCUGAUCCUGGUCACCGACGCCAAGCUGGAGGCCAUCAAGGACAUCAUCCCCCUGCUGGAGCAGGUGUCGCGCCUGUCGCGCCCCCUCCUCAUCGUGGCCGAGGACGUGACCGGCGAGGCCCUGGCCACGCUGGUGGUGAACAAGCUGCGCGGCGUCAUCCAGGUGGUGGCCAUCAAGGCGCCCGGCUUCGGCGAGCGGCGCAAGGCCCUGCUGCAGGACAUCGCCAUCGUCACCGGCGCGGAGUUCGUGGCCAAGGACCUCGGCAUGAAGGUGGAGAGCGUGACCGCGGAGCAGCUGGGCACGGCGCGCAAGCUCACCGUGGCGGCGACGAGCACCACGCUGAUCGCCGACGCGGCCAACCGCGAUGAGAUCGCGGCGCGCGUGGCCCAGGUCAAGCGCGAGCUGGCGGAGACGGACAGCACCUACGACUCGCAGAAGCUGGCGGAGCGCAUCGCCAAGCUGGCGGGCGGCGUGGCGGUGAUCAAGGUCGGCGCCGCCACUGAGGCGGAGCUGGAGGACCGCAAGCUGCGCGUGGAGGACGCCAAGAACGCCACCUUUGCCGCGGUGGAGGAGGGGAUCGUGCCUGGCGGCGGCGCCGCGCUGCUGCACCUCUCCGAGCUGGUGCCCGACUUUGUCGCCACCCUGGAGCACCCCGAGGAGCGCCAGGGCGCGGCUAUCCUGGGCCAGGCCCUGCGCGCGCCCUGCCGCAUCAUCGCGCAGAACGCGGGCGUGGAGGGCGAGGUCAUCGUCCAGCGGCUGCUGGGCAAGGACUUUGGCGUGGGCUACAACGCCAUGCACGACCGCGUGGAGGACCUGCUGGACGCCGGCAUCCUGGACCCGGCCAAGGUCACGCGGUCGGGGCUGAUCAACGCCUGCUCCAUCGCGGGCAUCAUGCUCACCACCCAGGCCGUCAUGACCGAGCGGCCGCGCAAGGGCGGGAAGGCCCCGCCCCCCGGCGGCAUGAGCGCCGCGGGCAUGCCCGCCGGCAUGACCAUGUAG